CUCUUGAUCCUUCAGUGAUUCUGCAUGUCAAGAGCUGAGCCUUGAAAUUCGUCAGCAGUGCUGUCUUAGGAGCAGACAGGGCUGCGAGAUCGGAAAGGGAAAUCGCUUUAAAUCACCAACCAAUAUAUUUUUGAAGUUGACAAAUCUGCGAUGCAUUAGAAUUCAGAGACCUCCUUUUGCUUAAGGUAUGGUGUGAAUAUGCGUUGCUUGGCAGCUCGGGUCAACUACAAGACUCUGAUCAUCAUCUGCGCCCUCUUCACGCUGGUCACGGUGCUGCUGUGGAAUAAAUGCUCCACCGAGAGAGCGGGGCAGUUCCCGCGGAGCCUCGGCGGCCGAGGCGAGGGCGCCGAGAAGCGAGCCGCCGCGUCCGAGAGCAACCCCUACGCCAACGACCCGGCGCGGCAGCAGAGCGAGGAGGCAUCGCCGCAGGAGCAGCAGAAAGCUCCGCCGGUGGUGGGCGGCUUCAACGGCAACAAAGUUCUGGGACUCAAAUACGAAGAGAUUGACUGUCUGAUCAACGACGAACACACGAUUAAAGGCAGGAGGGAAGGCAACGAGAUCUUCCUGCCCUUCAGCUGGGUAGAGAAAUACUUUGAGGUGUAUGGGAAAAUUGCUCAGUACGAUGGCUAUGACAGAUUUGAAUUCUCUCAUAGCUACUCCAAAGUUUACACACAGAGAGCACCUUACCACCCGGACGGGGUGUUCAUGUCCUUCGAAGGCUACAACGUAGAAGUUCGAGACCGAGUGAAAUGCAUAAGCGGCGUCGAAGGUGUACCGUUAUCCACACAGUGGGGACCUCAAGGCUAUUUCUACCCAAUCCAGAUUGCACAGUAUGGGUUAAGUCACUACAGUAAAAACCUGACUGAGAAACCACCACAUAUAGAGGUAUACGAAACAGCUGAAGACAAGGACAAAACCGGCAGGUCCGUGGACUGGACUGUACCAAAAGGCUGUUCUGUUGCCACAGUAUAUGAUAAAUCCAAGUUCACUAGCGUUAAACAGUUUGUCACUCCAGAAAAUACCGAAGGGGUAUCUCUGCAGCUUGGGAACACUAAAGAUUUUAUCAUUUCUUUCGAUCUCAAAUUCAUGACAAAUGGGAGCGUUUCUGUGGUUCUCGAGACGACAGAGAAAAACCAGCUCUUCACAGUACACUAUGUCUCGAACACUCAGCUGAUAGCUUUUAAGGACAGAGAUGUCUACUAUGGCAUUGGGCCUAGGACUAGUUGGAGUACAGUCACAAGAGACCUGGUGACUGACCUGCGAAAGGGUGUUGGUCUCUCAAACACAAAAGCUGUAAAGCAGACAAAAAUAAUGCCCAAGAAAGUGGUUAGGCUGGUAGCGAAGGGGAAGGGCUUCAUCGACAACAUCACUAUCUCGGCCACGGCUCACAUGGCAGCCUUUUUUGCUGCCAGCAGUUGGCUGGUGAGGAACCAGGACGAGAAGGGGGGCUGGCCCAUCAUGGUGACACGGAAGCUGGGGGAAGGCUUUAAAUCUCUGGACCCGGGCUGGUAUUCUGCCAUGGCACAAGGGCAGGCCAUCUCCACGCUCGUCAGGGCCUACCUGCUGACGAAGGACCACGUAUUCCUCACUUCAGCUUUACGGGCAACAGCACCUUACAAGCUGCCGUCGGAGCAGCACGGGGUCAAGGCGGUGUUUAUGAACAGGCACGACUGGUACGAGGAGUACCCCACCUCUCCCAGCUCCUUCGUUCUCAAUGGCUUCAUGUACUCUUUAAUUGGGCUCUACGACUUGAAGGAAACCGCGGGGGAGAAGCUGGGGAAGGAGGCAAGGCUUCUCUACGAGCGGGGCAUGGAGUCGCUGAAGGCCAUGCUUCCCCUCUACGACACCGGCUCAGGAACCAUCUACGACCUUCGCCACUUCAUGCUCGGCACUGCUCCCAACUUGGCCCGCUGGGACUAUCACACCACCCACAUAAACCAGCUCCAGCUGCUCAGCACCGUAGACGAGUCCCCCAUUUUCAAAGAGUUCGUCAAGAGGUGGAAGAGCUACCUGAGAGGCGGCAGGGCAAAGCACAACUAGAGCUUACAACCAAAACCGUUGUUUCUGCUGUCUGCGGGAAGGAUUGGACUCCUUAGAGCUAAACAAAGGUACAUUUUAAAAGGUUGCAUACUAAAUUUUUAUGGACUCUUUCAAAGAAGUGAUCCUUAGAACUGAUCUCCUGAAACAAUUGCAUUCCAGCGUGAUAAUGUUUGGGUCUGCUGGGUGGGAUCUGGCAUAGAGCCCCGUCCAGGGACUGAACACAAGCGAGUAGCUUCACCUUGCUCCCCUGCCCGCAGUGUGUUCCACAGUGAAAUUCUCCGCACGAAGCAACAUCCAUUUGUGCUCCUGAGUUUGGGGACGUUUUUAUUUUUCCUUUUUGUAGGAAAAUAUUUACAGAAGCCAUACAGGUCUUUAAAGUCCAGCACUUGCCUGAAAAGUUAGUAUGUGGCCUCUUUUAAAAUGGAGUUGUAUGUGUAUAUGUUGGGAACAGCGUAACAAAUCACGUGGUGUACUGCAGUAAAUGUGUAUUUCCUUGUAGCCUGGAUAGUGGACAGUGUAUCUUUUUAAAGGUGUUUCUUUUUAUAUGGAUUCUUUUCUUGAGGUGAAAAAUUACAGAAUUUUUUUAAUUCUAUAUAUUGAGAUACUUAAACUGUAUGUUUUCUUUAAAGCUGUGUAAGCAGAAACCACAUAGUCAGCGUGGAGGCUUCUCGGUCAUGUUAGGUAAGCACAACGCCGCGAGGUCGCUGACUGCACAACGCCUGCAAACAUGCCGCCCCCGGUUAUAAAGCCAAAUUUACAGUCAUGUUUGAGGUUUGCUGGUGUCACCGCCUCCCUUGUAGCUGCAGUCUCUAGGUGGGGAGCCAGGUGUUUCGUACUGUAUUUUCGAUGACGUUUGAGAAGUUUCUGCAAGCAUUGGCAACUUCACUCUCUGAGAGACUUGUGUUAAAUCCUGAAUGUGACAUGGAGCUAAGUGUGAGUAGCGCAUAGAAAAUUUCAUUUGAAUUAAUUAAUGUUUUCCUAUGGUGAUUUUCAUUUUUAACCUGCUCUACGAAUAUCAAGCGUUUUAAAAAUUAAAAUUACCCCAUAGGGCUUUCUAGCUCCGCUUAUAUUUUAAUAUUAAGUUUUGCCUCUGACUGAAGUCUGACUCAUUGCUUAGGGGGUUGUUAUAUCCACGACCCUGGUUUACUCGGUGUGCUUCGUCUCCGUGGUUCGGACGGGCGAGCGAGGGUAUCUGUGCAAUAACCGAACGCAUCCAACCCCGACACUCGCCCUGUAAAGGUGUAAUGUGAAAGAAACCAGGAGGUUUCUUCUUUAUAUCUCUAAAUUCUUUACACCGAGCAUUAGUCUGCCUUUUCAACAUGUAGAUUCCUGGUUGAUCCAGAAAAAUAAAACCAACCAGUUGUGUCGUUAGACCGAUAUUGUUUAAUCUGGUAGUGUAGGAGAUACUGGUUUAUCAGCUCCGUUAAUGCAUGCUGAGGUUUGUUCUCUGAGUCCUAGACUCUACAGCUGCAAACGUUUACCAACACGAGAAGGACAUGUAUCAGCUUUUUUCUUUUUCUUUUUUUUUUUCACUGAUGCUAUUACAUGUUGUAUGUUCUAGGUGUGGCUUAAGAUGUUCGUACUGAGGACAAAGUCCGUUCAAACCACAGAAAAGCUGGGCACAUGGACAAUGUACAUCUUGAUUUUCUUUUUUUAUUGUAUUUUUUAUUUCUCACAGAAAUGAAACGGCUUUGAUUACUUGAUCUUUGCAAACACACGAUAUGAUCGUAUUAAUUCGUAUGAAAAGUGGAUGUCGUAGGAGAAAUUUCAAUACCAAAGUUAGCAGAGAUGAAUUUUUUUUUAAAUUCACACACAUGCACGCACACACACACCUAUUUCCUUUACAAAUGACUGGUCCUUAUUGCAAACAGAGAAACAUCUUUCUCCUGCAUGUUUCCUCCAUCUUUUGCCCAUUUUUGAUUCAGCGAAUAUUUGGGUACUGCUCAAGAGACAGUAUGAGUGCCUUAAUGAGGCCGCAAUUUCCUCUUAUUUUAAGGAGAGCUUAAAAAUAACACUGAUCUUGCAGUGUUUCAUUCGAAUCGACUCGAUAGCUGUUGGGCAGAUUAGCGCACAAGCAUAAGUUGGCAACACCAACAAAGAAAGUCCUGUCAGACCAUCUUAUCCUGAAUAUCUGGAUUGCGUUUUUGUUGACCUUUGUACAUGCGUAAAUUAAACCAACCCGCCAUCAGAGGUAGUGGAAAUGAAGAGAGUUAGUGUGUGGAUUUCUCCUGUUUGUUUUUUUUUUUUUAAUAGAAUUGUGCAGUGGAAGAGGAUUUUUGGAUAUCGGUGCCCAUAACUUCAUUGAAUUCACUUAUCUCUUAUUCCUUUGCUUUUCAGCCUUCAAACUGACAAAGAUCUUAGCGACUAAGAUCUGUGUAAUCUUUCCAUAAGGCUUUUACUGUACAUAUAGAGUUCAUGGGAAGCAUAGUGCGCAUGGGUGUAUGCAAACCAGUGACACACAAGCACAACUGUAAAAGUGUGGCAGUGCUGUUUUUCUUGGCCAUUGUGCAAGACAUUCACUGAAAGCUGCUAUUUUCAUUCACCGUGUAAUUGUACUUUAUUUUUUCUACAUUUUUACAUGUGGGAUAUACACCAUGUGUUAAAUAUGCAAUAAAUUGUUUACAGGAUGCCCUUGUAAAGGGUAGUCCUUUGUAAAGCUGUACAGACUUUGCAGUUUAAGCACAAUGUGCACGUUAGUUUUAUAUACAGCAAGACAUGACUUUUUGCAGAGGGAAAGGUUCUACUAUGUUUAUAUACAAAGUAAAUGGAUCAACAUUUGUGCUUAAUGUAAAGCUGCUUUAUAAAAUUGUAAAAUA